AUGCGCAUGGGGAAACCGAGGCACGGAGCAGUGCAGGGUGUCACAUCCCAGAGCAGGGAUCCAGGCGGGUCUCCUCCGCCCCCUGCCACGCACUCAGGACCGCUGUUGCCUUCCUCCUCUCCAGAUGCUGCUGCUGCCCUGGGUCCGGAUGCCAGCGGGUACCGUGUGGGGAGCACCGGGCGGGCUUUGGGGUGGGCUCCUUCUUGGGAUGCUUUUGUUGCUCUGCUCGCUGUGGACCGGAGACGGGGGUCUCGAGAGACCGGCAGGUCACCCGUGGGCGGGCGUGACUCUGAACCGGAUGCUGGGGACCGGGCGCUGUGCUUAGAAAUGAUCCUGGGGGACUGCGUGGAUUUCCGUCACAGCUUGCUGGUGCUGGGGACAGGCCAGUACAGCCUGGUGGAGAGCCAGGCGGCCUCGCGGCGGGGCAGCUGGGACAGCCUGCAGGACCCCAAUGACAGGCUGGACAGCAUCUCUGUUGGUAGCUACCUGGACACGUUGGCCGAUGACAUGGAUGAGUAUUCCCAAAACGCUGCCGAAACCGCUGCUGCAUCUGCGCCGGGCAGAGCCCUGGUGAGGACGGAGCAGGAUUGGGUCAGGAUCAACCCUGAGAGGGGUCUUGCAAAGCAAGAGAAGGGCAAAGCGGAGCACGAGUGGCCCCACGUGGACCUCUCCCCGCCCGGGCUGCCCCAGGAUCACCGGUUUGCUAAGGAGCCCCAGGUGGCCAAUGGGUAUUUGGGCCAGCAGCCCUCCUCUCUGGAACCAGGCAGAGACACCAAAUUGCCGUCGGAGGCUGGGGAGAGGCUGGGGAAGGGGAACCUGGGUGGGAAGGCUCAGAAAGCCGAGGCUGACUUUGAGAACUGCAAACUCAACAGCAAACUGCACCUGGAGUACGAUGCCCACUGGCGCUGGCUCCAGUCUCAGGAUGAUGUGACGUUCUUGUAGCCCGUGGCUUUGCCUUCCCAGUCCAGCUCUCCCAACUGCCCGCUCUGCUUCACUUGUCUCUGCUUGGGAGAGUUGGGGUGGCUGGAGAGGAGGGGACAGGCUUGCUUGGUGGUGUUGCACUGUUCCUCUGAUCCCCCCAUCAGUGUUUGGUGAUGCAGCCCUAAGGGAUGGGGUGCCCACCCCACAGUGAAUUUCUGGGAGAGGCGGGAUGAGGUGGGUCCCCGUAAAUUUAAUCCUUUGCUCUGGGUUGGUGCUUUCAGGUGUCUGGUCAUUGCUCUGUUGCCCUUGAUGUUGGUGGCGGGGGAAGGUUGAUGGGGAAACCUGGGACAGUGGGACUCCUGGGACCUCUCCCUGGCUCCACCUCUGCCCUCUAAUCCUCAGCUUCCCAUCUGCAAAAACUGGGGAUCCUUCCCCCAAACUGGCUUCCCAGAGAGGACAGGAGAUGCUCCCAUGCAUCCGCAGCUCGGUGGCACCAGCAUGCUCGGUGUGAGGUGCGGGACAGGACCGUCAGCAGGGCAUCCCUGUUGGAUGUCCUCAUUUCCAUCAUCGUCUUCAAGGCCAGUGUCUAUCCAGGGUAGAGCUGACCUGGGGCACCUGGGGUUUGGCUGCAGCAUGUGGUGGAUGCUAAAACCCCCCUCCCGGCGGGUGAAGCCCUGCCUGGUUUAAACGCCUCUGUGAAGAUGAUCUGGAGCGUGAUCAGGAUGGUCACUGUAGCUGCUCCUGUUGGGCUGGGGAGCCUUCGUCCGUGCCCUGUGGAGGAAGGAUGAUGGUGCAGACUUCCCUUCCCGAUGUGGUUACACGAGAAGGGCAAAACACUGGGUGGGAGAUGGAGAUCCAGUUCUCCCAGUUUGUUUCUGGACUGUCUCCCACCUUGGGAUCAGGUCCUGCAGAAACCCUGGGACGUGGCAGCGUAUGGGCAGCCUGGCAGAGCCUGUGGGGCUCAGAUGCAGAAAGGCUCGUGCUUUCCCCUGACACAGCGUGAUGGGGGUGAUGGCUGGGAUUCUCCAUCUGUGUGAUGAAUGGUGCCAGGUCUCUGCCACCUACCAGCAACCAGAAACAUGAGGCUUCUCUGCCGGGGUGCAUUUGCAGCGACCCUGCCCUGGAGACAUCUCCUCUGUCCUUUUAGCCUUGGCUUCUGCCUGUGCCUUUUACUGUCCACCCACCAUGCCUCCCAGCACCUCCCUCGCCCCUUCUGGCUUGUAGAGCAUGGCUUGCAGCUGCAGCUGUGUGCGAGCUUGGGCAGGACCUGUUCCCUUCACCAGACGAUGCAGGGAAGGAUCUGGGCAUCCCACAGCCCCCUGCUUCAAGGAGAGGGGCUCUUCCAUGUGCGUGGACAAGCCUGGAGGGUCCUGGCUUCACAACCCAUGGGUACGUCUGUCCCUGGCUGAGUGCUGUGAUGGCUUUGUUUUCACCGUGGUGCUGUUGUUCCCCUGCCUGCGUGGGUCACAGCCUGGCUCUUUCCUUGCUGGGGUGCUGGGAGUGGGAACAACAUACCCUGAUGUCAGUGGGAAGCCAAGAGAGAGGGAAGAACUAGUUGUGACUCUUUCUAGAUGCGAGAUGUUAGCUGGCCGUGGUUAGGAAGGUGGUUGGGUGCACAACAGGUUCAGCUUUGUGUCUCUGAAGCAGCACCUUCAGUGGAAACUACCCUCCGUGUCGAGACCCCCGAGCACCCUCCCCUCCCGUGCAGAUCCUCAGGGCUUCCCUGGAUGGACAUGGAGAGCAGGACAACGUCCAAAAUUCCUGGAGACGGCACCUGCCAAGGACUUGGGGGAAUCCCAGCAAACUGGGACCAGGCUGCCCUACGUGAGCAUCCCAUCUGCCUGCCCCAGAGCAGCCGUGCUUGGCUUGCUGUCACCUGCAAGCAGCUCGUGGCUCCCUGUGUAGCUCCGCCACUGCCGCUGGGCCACCAUGUCCCCCAAGGCCAGCUGUCCCCCGCUUUCCUUCUAGCCCUGCAUGCAAUGAAUCAGCUGAGGGUCCCUGGGGGAGACGGGGUAAGUCCUCCAGCGCUGUUAAAAUCGUUCUUGACAAAAAAUAGCUGGCUUAAUAAAUGGUAGCGU